GGGGCCGAGGCGGCGAGCGCGGUUGGGAGGGUCCUGGGCCAGGGGUUGGGGCUGGGCCGGGGUGAGUCGAACCCGGGCAGCGGGCGGGGCGGGGCGGAGCUGGAAAUGGGGCGCUGCGAGGUUGGGAGCACACCCUGAGCUCGUCGUGCGUGGGGAGAGCCGAACACAGGGGGCGCCAGAGCCGGAGGCGGAGGAGUGAAGUCAGGGCUGAGUGGGCGGAAGAGAGCCUGGGCUGAGACAUGGCCACUUAUCACCAAGCAGGACACAUGCAACUGCCCCGAGCUGAUGCCAUUCGUUCACGUCUCAUUGAUACUUUUUCUCUCAUCGAGCAUCUGCAAGGCUUGAGCCAAGCUGUGCCACGGCACACUAUCCGGGAGAUACUUGAUCCUUCCCAUCAGAAGAAACUUAUGUUGGGAGAUCAACACCAGCUUGUGCGCUUCUCCAUAAAGCCUCGUCGUGUAGAACGGAUUACACAUGGCCAGAGGAUGAUGAGCAGCCUUCGAGUGCGCUGCAGUCAGAGGCCACCUCUUUCUUUGUGGGCUGGAUGGGUCCUUGAGUGUCCUCUCUUCACAAACUUCAUCAUCUUCCUCAUCUUCUUGAAUACGAUUGUACUGAUGGUUGAAAUAGAAUUGCUUGAAUCCUCAAAUACCAAACUGUGGCCACUGAAGCUGACUCUGGAGGUGGCAGCUUGGUUCAUCUUGCUUAUUUUCAUCUUGGAGAUCCUUCUUAUGUGGCUAUCCAGCUUUUUCCUUUUCUGGAAGAAUGCCUGGAAUGUCUUUGACUUUUUUGUCACCAUAUUGUCCCUGCUUCCUGAGGUUGUGGUGCUGGUAGGGGUAACAGGCCAGUCUGUAUGGCUCCAGUUGCUGAGGAUCUGCCGGGUGCUAAGGUCUCUCAAACUCUUUGCGCGAUUCCGUCAAAUUCGAGUCAUUAUUUUGGCCCUGGUCAGGGCCCUCAAGAGCAUGACCUUCCUCUUGAUGUUGCUGCUCAUCUUCUUCUACAUUUUUGCUGUGGCUGGUGUCUACUUCUUUGAGGAUUACACCCGUUCAACUCGCCAGGACCUGGAGUACCACAUGUUCUUCUCGGACCUGCUGAAUUCCCUAGUGACAGUGUUCAUUCUCUUCACCAUGGAUCAUUGGUAUGCAUUGCUUCAGGAUACCUGGAAAGUGCCUGAAGUCAGCCGUGCCUUCAGCAGCAUCUAUGUCAUCCUUUGGUUGCUACUGGGUUCCAUUAUCUUUCGAAAUAUCAUAGUAGCCAUGAUGGUUACUAACUUCCAGAAUAUCAGGAAUGAGCUGAAUGAGGAGAUGACACAUCUGGAGGUUCAGCACAAAGCCGACAUAUUCAAGCGGCAGAUUAUCCAGAGGAGACAAAACCUUUCUCCUGAGGCACUGAGGUCAAGCCUUAGCAAAACCGAUGCCAGAGAUGCCAGUCAACCAGAGGAAUCUUUGGUCUUAGAAGCUUCUCAAGAAAAGUCUCAACACAGUGCAGCUGAAGAGGGUUCAAGAGCAUCUGCAUCAAAAACAAAAGAGUCCUUGUCAAAAAUGAAAAAGUCCUCAUCUUCCUCUUCCUCUUCCUCCUCCUCAUCUUCAUCUUCCUACUCUUCCUCUUCUUAUGACUCCAGAUAUUUUGACUCUCUUGGUCAGUUGGACUGGGAGACUCAUGUGCACCAGAAUCUGCCUGGGCUAAUGGAAAUGGAUCAGGAUGAACGUGUUGUUUGGCCUAGAGAUUCACUCUUCCGAUAUUUUGAGUUGCUAGAAAAGCUUCAGUAUAACCUGGAGGAGCGUAAGCGGUUACAAGAGUUUGCAGUGCAGGCACUGAUGAACUUUGAAGACAAGUAAAGCCGACAAUGGAUGGCUUCAAUAUCUUUGGCAAAAUAUAAUGAAGGGAAUAGUUGGAAAUGGAGAAUUCAAAGUAUAAAUGUCUAAUAAAUACUGCUGAUAAUU